GCUCCUAAAUAUCCUGACUCUCAUUUCCAUCCCAAAAAAAAGCAUAAAACCCACGGCCCAGAUCGCCCCAACCCAGUUCCCUCGAGAUCUCUGCCAGAAAAUCCAGCUCUGAUUAUUACCCUCCAAAAAUCCUAAAAAAAAAAACUCUCCUUUUGCUUUCUGUCUUGGCUUUAAACUCUCCUUCGGGUUUUAAAUUAGGGAUCCGAAUUCAUGGGGGCCCUGUCGGAUCCGACGGUCAGCGAUGCGUCUUCAACCCCGCGUCUCUUAAUCAUUAGCGUAAAGGCGGAGUCUUUCUGUUUCUGAGGCCUCGAAAAUCUCUGGGGGGUUUCGAUUCGAUUAGGGAUUCGACUUUUUUUUUUCUUUUUCUUUUUUAAAUUGAAUUGGGAAGGAUGAGCGUGACCAAGUCUCAGGUUUGGCAGCCGUGCAAGAAGAAGAGAUUGAUUUUUUGAUCGGAAAAAGAGAGAGGAGAUUUCUAGAGAGAGAAAGUGGGAAGGUUGUGUAGAGAGAGAGAGAGAGAGAGAGAGAGAGAGAGAAGGGGGGCCGCCGGGCCGGAGAUAUAGAGAUUGGUGAUGGCGACGAGGGCGGGCAGUAGUUCGAGUCGGACUCGGGUCGGGAGGUACGAUCUGGGUCGGACCCUAGGGGAGGGCAAUUUCGCCAAGGUCAAGUUUGCGAGGAACAUCGAGACUGGUGAGAAUUUCGCUAUUAAGAUUCUGGACAAAGAGAAGGUCCUCAAGCACAAGAUGAUCGGCCAGAUCAAACGAGAAAUAUCAACGAUGAAGUUAAUUAGACAUCCCAAUGUAAUCCGUAUGUAUGAGGUGAUGGCUAGCAAGACAAAAAUAUACAUCGUUUUGGAGUUUGUGACUGGUGGAGAACUAUUUGACAAAAUUGCAAGUAAAGGAAGAUUGAAAGAAGAUGAAGCAAGGAAGUAUUUUCAGCAGCUUAUAAAUGCAGUGGAUUACUGCCAUAGCAGAGGUGUUUUCCAUAGAGACCUGAAGCCUGAGAAUUUGCUGCUGGAUGCUAAUGGAGUGCUUAAAGUUUCAGAUUUUGGGCUCAGUGCGCUGCCUCAGCAAGUUCGAGAAGAUGGAUUACUUCACACAACAUGUGGGACACCAAAUUAUGUUGCCCCUGAGGUCAUCAACAACAAAGGGUAUGAUGGAGCAAAGGCUGAUCUAUGGUCUUGUGGUGUGAUUCUUUUUGUCUUGAUGGCUGGCUAUCUGCCUUUUGAAGAUUCCAAUCUCAUGUCAUUAUAUAAAAAGAUAUUCAAGGCUGAGUUCUCAUGUCCUCCAUGGUUCUCCUCAAGUGCAAAGAAGCUAAUUAAGAGAAUCUUGGACCCUAACCCCUUGACACGAAUUACAAUUGCUGAGGUCAUUGAGAAUGAGUGGUUCAAGAAAGGGUAUAAAGCACCUAAUUUUGAACAAGUUGAUGUUAGUCUCGAUGAUGUGGAUGCGAUAUUCAAUGAUUCAGGGGAUACUCAGAACCUUGUAGUUGAGAGGCGAGAGGAACGACAUGUGCCUGUUACCAUGAAUGCCUUUGAGCUUAUCUCUACAUCUCAGGGCCUGAAUCUCAAUAGUCUUUUUGAGAAACAGAUGGAACUUGUUAAACGAGAAACAAGAUUCACAUCCAAACGUCCUGCUAAUGAGAUUAUUUCUAAAAUUGAGGAAGCUGCAGCACCAUUGGGUUUUGGUGUGAAGAAAAAUAAUUUUAAGUUGAAGCUUCAAGGUGAAAAAACUGGGCGUAAAGGUCAUCUAUCUGUUGCAACAGAGAUUUUUGAGGUGGCCCCUUCACUCUACAUGGUUGAAGUCCGCAAGUCAGGGGGAGACACACUGGAAUUUCACAAUUUCUACAAGAACCUUUCCACGGGGCUGAAGGAUAUUGUCUGGAAGUCGGGAGAUGAGUCAAGGAGGGAAGCAGAACUUGGUUCUGGUGCUGUUGUUGGUGCAGGUGCAAGUGCAGGUGCAGUGCCAUCUACAUGAUCGGUUUUCUCUGCAGAACAUAUCUUUCUUUCCAAAAAUGGUCAUGAAAUGUCGAUGUUAAUAUGAACAUAUAUAGCAGUAUUUGUAAACCACAAAUGGGUUGGGGGUGUUUCCGUUGAGUGACCUUAUCAAUGUCAUUCAGAAACACGAUUUUAUGUUACUUGGUGUGCUUGGUGCUUUUUGGGUUGGGGAUUUGAUGUAUUAUAUAUACUUCCUUUGAGAGAUGAGAUAAGGAAAACACUCAAAAUGUCUGCAAAUAUACACACAUUCCACAGUGAACAUAAUCAAUCAUUCAGUUUAAGCUGUC